AUGAUGAAGAUAAAUCAACAACAAUUCAAAACAACAGUAAUCAUUUCAAGUCUACUUGCAGUACUCUUCAUUGUUUAUUGUUUAGAUAUUUCCCUUAUAACAGCAGAGGAAGAGGUACGUGUUGAGAAGGAGGGACAAUCAACAACACCAUUACCAGAUCAUGAUCAAUCUGGUAAAUACUCUUCCUCAUCAAAUCCUCAAUUAAAUAUUAAAACAGAAAAAUCUAAAAAGUUAUCAAGGAAGAAAUCAAAGAAGAAUAUUUGGAAAAAGUUGAUGAAAGGAUUGAACCAAGGAUAUCAGAAUGAUUGGUUUGAUAAUCAAUGGUUUCAAUCAUCACCUUUUUCUAACUUUGAUGAAUCUUUCAAUUCCAUGAGAAGAAGAAUGAAUAACAUGAUGAGAAGAUCAAACAUGUUGCCUUCCCUCUUUGAUGAUCAUCAAUGGUGGGAAGAUUAUACCAAUUCUUUCAAUUCUAUGAAUAAUAAUGCUCAAAAGAGUAUUAGCUCUUCAUCUUCAUCAUCAAGUGAAAGUUCUUCAAUGAGUGAAACAUCUACUGAUAAGCCAUUGAGACGUAGAGGUCCAAUUUCAUCUGUGAUUAGAACAAUUAAUCAAGAUGGAAAGAAUGAGCUCUCACUAGAUAUUAAUAAUAUUCCAAGAGAUGUGUUUGAAAAGAAAGAUAUUGAGGUAAAGAUUAAGGAAAAUUCACUUGGUGAUUUGAUUACAAUUAGUGCUGAAAAGAAAACUGAAAAUGGUCAUUUCCAAUUCUCUAAAUCUUUCAGAUUUCCAAAGGGUUCGCUUGAUUUGGAUAAAGUUAAAGCAACUCUUUCAGAUGAAGGAACUUUGAGUGUGAAAAUUCCAAGAAUUGAUGAACCAGAAAUUAAAGAAAGAGUUAAAGAAAUUUCAAUUGAAUAA